UUAUACUUUUAAAUCAUUAGUAUAAUAUAAUAAGGAUUAAGCUUUUUAAUAAUUAGAAAUCCGUUGGAGGUCCGAAAGUUUGAAUCGGAGCAAAUUUAGAGUAUGCAUAAUAUAACUUCCCUAGUAGAGAUAGAUUGAAAAAAUAAUUCGACUUUUAUCAGGAGCAAAGUCGGAGGGUCAAUAAUUCGGCCAAAUCCGACCCAUUACCAUCCCUAACUUUUACUCAUGAGUGUAUCGGUUUGGGACUUUGGAGAUACAAAUACUUGGAUGAUUUUUAAAAUGAUAAAAGCAAGUGGCACACAAAUGAUCUCCACCAUAAAACAAGAUAUGAAGCACAUCCACUUAUCUAAUAUCUUCAACUUAGCUUCUUAUUGACAAGUGGCACAUAAGUAGGACACAAUUGGAUAACAUAUAAGCAAAUAUAGCCAAUGACUAUCAACAUUUAGAUUUCCCCAAUAUCCCUACUUUUCAUACUACUUCAAUACUAACCUCACUGCUGCCGUUCAUUCAAAUCUUAUUCUUUCCGGCCUCACAACAAGAAAAAAAAAAAGAGAAGCUUCAUUCAUUCUUCAAAAAUGGCUUCCAAUGCCAUAAUGAGCUGUGGAAUCGUUGCUGCAUUCCCUUCUACUCUUUCUUCUUCUAAAUCUAAGUUUACAACUUCGUUACCUUUGGCUAAUGUUUCCUGCAACGCUUCUUCUCGUUUCACCAUGUCUGCUGAAUGGAUGCCGGGUCAACCCAGACCGCCCCAUCUUGAUGGAUCUGCUCCUGGUGACUUUGGAUUUGACCCACUUCGGCUUGGAGAAGUCCCAGAAAAUCUAGAGAGGUUUAAAGAAUCUGAGAUCUAUCAUUGCAGAUGGGCAAUGCUUGCAGUUCCAGGAAUCUUAGUCCCGGAAGCAUUGGGAUUAGGAAACUGGGUAAAAGCACAAGAAUGGGCAGCAAUUCCAGGAGGGCAAGCAACAUACUUAGGAAACCCAGUUCCAUGGGGUAACUUUCCUACUAUUUUGGUCAUUGAAUUCCUUGCAAUUGCCUUUGUUGAACACCAAAGAAGCAUGGAGAAAGACACUGAGAAGAAGAAGUAUCCUGGUGGUGCUUUUGACCCUUUGGGUUACUCUAAAGACCCCAAGAAGUUCGAGGAGUACAAGGUCAAAGAAAUUAAAAAUGGUCGUCUUGCAAUGUUGGCUUUUGUUGGAUUUUGCGUACAACAAACAGCAUACCCAGGAACAGGUCCUUUGGAAAACUUAGCUACUCACUUGGCUGACCCAUGGCACAACAACAUUGGAGACAUCAUUAUUCCAAGAUCACUUAUGCCUUGAAUGUAUCACGAAUGAUGAUCAACAAUAACCAUACCUAUUGUAAAAAAUCCUUCCUUGUAUAAUCUUAUUUGUAUUACAUAUUAAUGUUGUACUAUUUAGGCUUUCUUUAAUGCUAGAAGAAUGUCUUUUGAAAUACACAAUUCUAUUUUGGUGGUUGAACUUGUAUAAUUUCUUCUCUCAAAUUUAUUAGAGGAUAAUUCAAAAUUUAAGGAAAUAUAAAUAUGAUUAGCAGGGGCU